UGGCCUGAAGGAUUUGUGCCGCAGAUUCGACAGAAAUGUGUGUCUUUAUUCAGUAAAAAAUAGACUCUAAAUCACGAUUUGGUAAAUAAUUUUAUUCGCAUAUAGGUUCUGGCCUGUAUAUAAAUUAGUAUUACUUCGCUCUUUGGUCGCUGGGGGAAAUGGAUGGACAAAAAGCAGCUGGUUCUGUGUUUAUGUGUCGCCUGUGCAACGUCUUUUCUCCAAGUCGCUCCCAGCUACUUGCACAUUGCUCCCAGCUGCACCCUCAGCAGAAGCCUCUAGAUGACAUCAUUAUUGCGCUGCAGCCCCUUGUGGCAGAGCCUGUGGAGAAGCUGGCAGAGACCCCAGUGAAGCGAAAACGAGGAAGACCAAAGGGCUCUACGAAGAAGAUACGCACAGAUUUGACAGAGGGCAAGGCCAUUUCCAGCCAUUCUCCAGAGAAUAACUCCAGAGAAGAAAAGAGAAAAAAGGAGGAAAUUCAACAAUUAAGUUCAGCAGAAGUACAAAAAAAUGAUGGAAUAUCAGGGCUGGAAUGUAGACACUGCCAUCGCUCAUUCAGCAACAGGCGUCAAAUCCUUAAACACAUCUGCCUAAGAGAACUGGAUGAAGAUGCAGAUGAGGAGGAGAAUGGGAGCAUCUCUGGUACAGCAGAAGGUGAUGGAACGGAAAAUGUGGAUCCCGGAGGAGUUGAUCCAAACCAGAAUAAACACAACGAGACACAAUCAGGACUUGAUCGAGAAAGCAAAGUGGGAAACUCUAGAUCCUUAAAAGCCAACCAAAGUUGCAUCUCCAAGGAAGGAGGCCAAGCAACAGGAAACAAAAAAUCUGUUAUCAGUGUUGUUCUGACAGAAGAUGAAACACUUCCAGGUGUUUUUAAAAUGGUUCCUGUAGAGGAAAGUUCAGCAGAAGCAGAAUCUGGUUCUAUCAAAUCUCAGUCUCAACCUCAGCACUCUGCAGUCUUCCAGAGUGAGUCACAUGAUGUUGCAAGUGAAGCCACCACAGAUAACCCUCAAGCAGACCAGGAGCCAAGUUCUAAUCCUACCACAACAACAACGACAAACAGCAGGGGCUUCCAGGAAUGUUCUAUCAAACAAGAUGCUUCCAAUUUGCCUCAGAGCCACCUGAAAAUUUUUGCCUGUGAGUUCUGUAACAAAAUCUUUAAGUUCAGACACUCACUGGUUGCUCACCUGAGGACACACACCCAAGAAAAACCGUUUCAGUGUCCGCACUGUGACUACGCAUCGGCCAUCAAAGCAAACCUGAAUGUUCAUCUGAGGAAGCACACUGGAGAGAAGUUCAGCUGUCAGCACUGUCCUUUCAACUGCCUCAGCCCAGGACACCUCAAGGUCCAUAUAGAGCGUGUCCAUAUGAAGGUGAAGCAGCACUGCGGCUUCUGUGAGAAAAAGUACUCUGAUGUCAAGAACCUGCUGAAACACAUGGAGAAACGACAUAAUCUAAAAGAUCCCACUGUUUACCAGAGCUACCAACAACUGAGGUUAAAAACUCGCCAGGGCCUCAGACAGCUCCUUUACCACUGUCACACAUGUAACCGACGCUUCAAAAACCACCUAGAGCGAGAGCGCCACAUGUUAGUCCAUGGGCCUAAGCGUCCUUACGCUUGCCUGCUCUGUGACCAUGCCGUGACGAAGAUGGUUGCCCUCUCUGCUCAUGUCAGGAAGCACCUCUUCCUGUACGUGUGCUCCGUGUGUAACGAGAAGUUUGUCAGCUCGCAGAGGCUGAAGAGUCACUUGACAGAGUGUCACCCAGGACUAGAUCAAGAGCAGACCUUCACUGACUCCAUCAACAGCAGCUACUAUUUGGCUCAGCCUGGAGGAGACAUGCUGGGGAGUGAGGCGAGCAUGGACACACAGGAGUGCCGGAUACCACAGGAGGGAGAAGAAGACAGAAUACGAGAAGAGGACGGACAACAUGGCACAGGGGGGAAGGAAUGGGAAGAUGUGGAAAGAGAACAGCUGAGAGAAGAGAGGGAGCAAGAGAAUGAAGAAGAACAGGCUAAUAAAAAUCCCGCUGAAAGUUUAGAGGCAGUGCCGCUGAUAGAUGGAGAGACGGGAAAGGAAGUAGGAAUAGAAGAGAGAGAAGCACAGCCAACCUUUAAAGACAGACAAGAAGAAGCAGCAGCAGAGAAGAUGUCACACAUUAAGACGGCAGACUCAUGCAGCUCUGCAGCUGAAAGACUCAAAGAGGACUCACACACCUUGUUAUCACAAGAGAACAUUCAAAGUCCACACUUAGAGGCUGGGACUCAAAAAAAUGGACACACACCUGCUGAGAACACACACACUUCAUCUUCAUCAUCAUCAUCAGGAACUAUAACCCCAUCUGAUGCCGGAGCAUGCACACAUUUGUCUGCAGGUCCAGACAACAGCCAGACUGCACAAUCAGAGGAGGUUUCCGAGGGUUCCCAUCACAGCGCAUUCGAGCAGGUGUUUUCAUCCCUUCAGAAGACUCAGCUCAAUAUGGAGACUUUCCAGCGGCUUAGGAAAAUUUACGGAGAACUAGAAUGUCAAUACUGCGGUAAACUGUUCUGGUACAGAGUCCACUAUAACAGCCAUGUGCGCACACACACCAAGGAGCACCUGCAUUACUGCUCAAAGUGCAGCUACUCUUCCAUCACCAAAAGCUCUUUAAAGCGGCACCAGAUCCAGAAGCACAGUGGCUUGCUGCUGACUUGUUCGAAUCCCGACUGCAAAUACAGCACGCCUGACAAAUACAAACUUCAAGCACAUAUGAGGACGCACAAAGAGCAGGGGAGGAGUGAGACGUGUCCUGUCUGCCAUCGUAAUUAUCCAGAGCACAGACUAAAGCACCACAUUAAAACAUCACACCCUGACACUCUUCCUAUACAAGGCAAAGGACUGAUGGUGCAGCGUGCAGAGAAGUGCCCUUACUGUGACUCCUACUUCCUAAAGAACAGCAGUGACUUUCAGCAGCACAUCUGGGCCCAUCAAGGUCUGAAGCCAUACGUCUGCAACGUGUGUGACUAUGCAGGUCGCAGUAAAAGCAACCUGAAGACUCACAUGAACCGACAUAAUACAGAGAGACGUCACCUCUGUGAUCUGUGUGGGAAGAAGUUCAAAUCUAAAGUCACGCUGAAAAGCCACAGACUGAGCCACACAGAUGAAGGGAAGCGGUUUCAAUGUUCAGAGUGCGACUUCACCUCGGUCUCUAAACCUUCCUUACUCAGACACAUGGAGCAGCACGCUAAAUUUAAGCCGUUUCGUUGUGCUCACUGUCACUACUCCUGCAACAUUGCUGGCGCUCUGAAGCGGCACUACAAUGUGAAGCACCCGGAUCAGAGAUACGAGAAUGCCGGACCCGGAUUGCCAAACCCUGACGCUCUGAAACAGCAAGGUCCUCCACUGUGUCCAGGAGGUAUGAAGUGUCCCAAAUGUGAAUUUGUUUAUGGCACAAAGUGGGAGCUGAACCGUCACCUGAAGAGCAAACACAGUCUCAAAGUGGUAGAAGGCCCUUGGGAGGUGGGAGAGGAAAUAGAGGCGCAGUAUGUGUCUGUGGAGGAUGAACAGCACCUGUCAGAGGCAGCGUUAGCAACCCUGCAGGACAACGUUAACAUCCAGCAGAUUACUGAGCUCAGUUCAGAGACUCAGGAUGCCGUCACCUCCAUGGUCGCCAUGGCUCCAGGCACUGUAGCUGUUGUACAGCAGUUGCAGGUGGCCGACGAGCAGGAAGUCGGUAACUGCGGCAACCAGCUGAUGGUGGUAAACACAGAGGGGGCCCUAAAUGGUGACCAGGUGAUGGUGUUAGAGGAGGGACACGGCCUGGAGGCACUGACAGUCCUUACUCAGGGAGACGACACACACCACUAUAUUGUCUACGUACAGGAACACACUGUAGAAAUCAACUAGUGUUUUGCUACCAUUUUACCGUAAUGUACCAAUAAACAGUAAAACAUGGAUUUAGCAACAGUUUCAACACUCUCCUUAGUUACAUUAUUUUUUCAGUAAUGAAAUUAAGUGCAAUACGCCUUUGAUCAUGUGGUAUAUUUUGUACUAACAAAGUAUAUUUUAAUAAAAUC